AUGGCCGCAGCGCGCAGCGUCAACGCAGAGAGCGGCCGUGAGGAAAAGGGGCCUGAGGGGUCGUGUCCGGAAUCAGGGCCCCCCGGCGCCACCAUCCCGAGGGUGAAGCUCCUCGACACUCUGGUGGAUACCUUCCUCCAGAAGCUGGUCGCCGCCGGAAGCUACCAGAGAUUCACUGACUGUUAUAAGCACCUCUACCAGCUGCAGCCUGAGAUGACACAGCGAAUCUACGACAAGCUCGUCACCCAGUUGCAGACAUCUGUCCGGGAGGAAAUCUCUGAGAUCAAAGCGGAGGGGAACCUGGAAGCGGUCUUGAACUCCUUGGACAAGAUCGUGCAAGAAAGCAAAGACCGCACGGAGCCGGCCUGGCGCCCCAGUGGGAUCCCGGAGGAAGACAUGCGCAGCGCCCUGGUGCCCUACUUCCUGCAGCAGCGGGAUGCCCUGCAGCGCCGUGUGCACAGACAGGAGGCCGAGAACAGGCAGCUGGCCGAGGCCGUCCUGGCCGGGCGGGGGCUGGUGCAGGAGCUGCGGCGGCAGGGCAGGGCGCGGCAGCAGGCCUGGCAGGCCCUGCGCAGAGAACAGAUGGAGCUGCUGGGUGUGCUGGGGGAGCCCGAGUGA